ACGUUAAUAUAUGAAAAGAGGGCGCAAAACUUCCCGCUUUAAGGAGGAGAAACGGCACCGUUUUGGGGCUCUUCAGAGGUCAUAAUGUUCACUGAAACUCCCAGGAAACCCUAACGGGUGACGAGACAAAGCAUCUCUGUUACUCGAACUUGAGGCAACGAUGAAAUUUCGGUUGUCCCAACAUGUUCCAAUGUUCCCUCCCUAUUCACACGCCGGCCAUGUUCACAUCCACCGCCGGUUCUUCUCUUGGUACGCCAAGCAGUUUCCAACAACGUCGCAAGCUCGCGCUUCUGUCAGCGGCGGCAAUAGCGAUUCUCAAGGUAACGCUUUUCUGUUGCCCGGUGCAACAGUGGCUACUCUACUCAUGCUUGGGGCUCUUCAUGCUCGACGGCUCUACGAUGACAAGAAGGUUGAAGAUGCACGGGAGAAAGGGGUUGAAUUUGAGUUCCAACCAGAUGUAAAAGCUGCAUUUCUGAGAAUGCUACCUUUGCGAUCUAUUUCUAGAGUGUGGGGCUUCUUGACAAAUGUGGAAAUUCCAGUUUGGCUGCGUCCACAUGUUUAUAGAGCAUGGGCUCGUGCGUUCCGCUCAAACCUAGAAGAAGCAGCUCUGCCCCUCGACGAAUAUGCUUCUUUAAGGGAUUUCUUUGUUCGCACCUUGAGAGAAGGUUGCAGGCCUAUUGACCCUGAUCCUUAUAGCCUGGUUAGUCCUGUGGAUGGUACUAUUCUUAGAUUUGGGGAGUUGAAGGGUGCAGGGGCUAUGAUUGAGCAAGUCAAAGGAUUUUCCUACUCUGUUUCAUCUCUUCUUGGUGCUAGUUCUUUGCUUCCAAUUAUAGCUGAGGGCCAUACCCAAGAUGAUAGCAGUACAAUUGAGCAGGAAAGCAGUCAGAGAGAAAAGAGUAAGAAGUCAUGGUGGCGAAUUUCAUUGGCUUCUCCUAAAGUCCGGGAAACUGUUUCUGCAUGUCCAAUGAAAGGCCUCUAUUACUGUGUAAUAUACUUGAAGCCAGGAGACUAUCAUCGCAUACACUCACCAGUUGAUUGGAAUGUUCUUGUUCGACGGCAUUUUGCAGGUCACCUUUUUCCUUUGAAUGAACGUGCUACAAGAACAAUUAGGAAUCUUUAUGUCGAGAAUGAAAGGGUUGUCCUUGAAGGUCUAUGGCAACAAGGAUAUAUGGCAGUUGCAGCAAUUGGUGCAACAAAUAUUGGAUCAAUUGAGCUUUUCAUAGAACCAGAACUUCGGACAAACAGGCCAAGAAAAAAGUUAUUACACUCAGGGCCUCCAGAAGAAUGUGUGUAUAAACCUGAAGGGGUUGGUGUAAUGCUAAAAAAGGGAGAAGAGGUGGCUGCUUUCAACAUGGGAUCAACAGUUGUGCUUGUUUUCCAAGCCCCCACAUUGAAAUCACCCAAGAACAGUAAUGCUUCAGAGUUCAGGUUUUCUAUUAGACGUGGGGACAGAAUUCGUGUAGGAGAAGCAAUGGGAAGAUGGCAUGAUUCAUGAGGGGUGUCAGAAAUGCAUCAGUUUCAUGAACUAGGAGAUGGAAUACCAUUGUUGUCAUCGGAGCAGCACUGGUAGUGUGAUUGGUUCGAAGCAUGUAACAUACCAACAUUGGUGGUGCUUUAUUAUUUGUUAUACUAUCAAGGAGAAAUCAUGGCGCUGAACUCACAAAUAGAAACCGUUAGCAAAGUUCAGCUUCAGAUGAAAAAUAUUCUUGGAAUCAACAGUGUAAGGGUCCUAUGAUUGUAAAUGGUGAUACAUGCCUUUCUAAUUUCAAUGCUAUAAUCUAUCAUUCCAUUCUUCAGACA